GCCGUCUACCUCGAUUUUUGUCCUCGUGGAGAUGGGUCAUGGUAAGCACAGGAGGCUUUUAUAGUAUUAUUUUUUGCGCCUUUUGCCGCUGCCGAUCGUUUCUGUUUGGACUUCGUCUUGGCUGAGACAUCCGUAAACAUUUGCGGAGGAAGUCGCUGUCCAUGUGCCCACCUUCCCCCACAGCCUACAUCAGUUAUCUAAACAGCGCCCCAUCCCGGUCCGGUGCUUCAUUACCAGCUCAUUCCUUGCCUAGACUACUCUCCACGAAAAUAUCCCAUGAGCAUAUGUAUCCUUGCCGUUCCGAAUAAAGAAUGAGAAUCCCUUAGAGCGUUGCUGUUAUUUUGAAAAUACCCAUGCGUUCGGGCCCAGUGUUCAAUAAUGUCUUCAACAACACCGAGCGAGUCUCGGAAAGAUGCGCCGGCCGAUAACGACGAGGGUAUCGAUUCCUCACAGCAAAGCGCAACUCCGAGCUCCCCGACAGCCAGCCGCCGUUUAUACUCAUCUCGUGCUUCGGAUCUCGAACUGCGUGGUGGUCGACCGCGCAAUAAAGGCGCUGCGGACGAACAGACUAGCUUGCUGAGCCAACGAGAUACCGCUGGCAGAGCCUAUAGGACACUUCCGCCCACUCCGGGCCAGAGAUUAUCGAGGCAGCCAAGCAACAUCGGCAACAGUCGUUUCAAGUUCAACCACCACCGCAAAGGGUCGUUCGGACAGCGGCUCGCUGCUGCGCUGGGAUCAGAUGGAUGGCAAGACAGCAAUCUCGAGGACUCCAAAAUAUCAUUUUACCGAGAUGAUCGCGUAUGGUACGAUCAGUUCACGUCUACGGACUGGGUCCACGACAGUAUCGCAGAUGCCUUUCGCGUGAAAGAUUUGCGGAACCGGAAGGAUCUGCGGGGUAGAGUAUACGCGUGGUUUGAUGGAGCGCAAGGGUGGAUUCUUGUAGCCAUUAUUGGUUGCAUAACAGCUGCCAUUGCUUAUCUUGUCGACAUCACAGAGACCCCGAUAUUCGACCUAAAAGAUGGCUAUUGCACAAUUGGCUGGUACCGUUCCAAGAAAAAAUGUUGUGCUGGCCUGGAUGAACAUGUGUGCCCGUCUUGGCUUUCUUGGUCCGAGGCCUUACGGCCGUCUCGUACUAAAGACGCUCGACUGGACUUUUUCAUUUAUGUUUUGGCAGGAGUCUUCCUGUCUCUUAUUUCAUGCAUCUUAACACUUGGUACGAAAACUGUCGUACCGUCAGCGGUUUCCCUCUCGACUCUGGACGAGAAUUUGGGUGCAGAGAAUCGAUAUGAGAAUCGACGGCACGAUUCUGGCGGCUCUGGAAGUGUAAGCCCUCGGCAAAAAUAUACUGAAGUGCAGCAAUCUUCGACCAUGAUAUAUUAUGCCGCUGCCGGGAGCGGAGUGGCAGAAGUCAAAGUCAUUCUUAGUGGCUUCGUUCUGCACGGAUACUUGGGCGUCAAGACUCUUGUGCUUAAAACUUUGGGUUUGAUCCUCAGUGUUGCCUCUGGACUAAGCCUGGGGAAAGAAGGCCCAUAUGUGCAUAUUGCAACCUGCGUUGGAAACAUUGCCUGCAGAAUCUUCUCCAAAUACAACCACAAUGACGGCAAAAGACGUGAAGUACUCAGCGCCAGUGCUGCUAGUGGAGUAGCUGUGGCAUUUGGAGCACCACUUGGAGGCGUCCUUUUUAGUCUGGAAGAAGUGAGCUAUUAUUUUCCACCAAAAACCCUGUUUCGUACCUUUUUCUGUUGCAUUGUUGCUGCCUUGUUUUUGAAAUUUUUGAACCCGUACGGCACGAACAAGAUUGUCUUGUUUGAGGUCCGUUAUUUGACGGAUUGGGAAUUCUUUGAAAUGAUCGUCUUCAUUAUUCUCGGAGUGCUUGGAGGCGCAGCUGGUGCUUUGUUCAUUAAAGCAUCAAGAAUCUGGGCAACAAGCUUUCGCCGCAUCAAGCUCAUCAAAAAAUGGCCAAUGCUGGAAGUAGGACUUGUGGCGCUCAUAACUGGGCUCGUGGGAUACUGGAACAGAUAUACCAAGCUGGCCGUCACAGAGCUUCUUUACGAGCUUGCCAGCCCAUGCAAUUCGAAGGGUAUUGAGGGAUCGGGGCUUUGUCCUUCCAAGGAACAAAUCCCUGAAGUCAUCCGUUAUCUUGGCAUCGCAUUCGUUGUCAAAAGCUUCCUCACCAUUAUCACUUUCGGAGUAAAAGUUCCAGCUGGUAUCUAUGUACCAUCGAUGGUCGUCGGAGGUCUGCUUGGCAGGAUUGUUGGCCAUACCGUACAAUAUAUUGUGCUGAUGCAUCCGAAUACGACCAUUUUCGGUGCUUGUGCAAAAGGAAAGGGCACAGAAUCUUGUGUCACCCCAGGUAUUUAUGCAAUGGUCGCAGCAGGCGCAACAAUGUGCGGUGUCACCAGACUGUCCGUCGCAUUGGCCGUCAUCUUGUUUGAGCUUACUGGCAGUCUGGACCAUGUCCUGCCCUUCUCAAUCGCGGUACUUGUUUCGAAGUGGACGGCAGAUGCCCUAGAACCUCUCAGCAUUUAUGAUCUUUUGACGUCAAUGAAUUCAUAUCCAUUCCUAGACAAUAAAGUCCGACCGAUAUUCACGACGGAUCUCGGAGAUAUCACGCCUCGUAUACGGCGGGAUCGGAUCAUAGAUAUUUCUGAUUCCCCACUGAUACCUGCUGCAGACUUACGCCUAAAGCUUGAACGCCUGCAUAUGGCAGGUGAACUCGAUGGAGGAUUGCCGAUAGUUAGACAUGGUAUCCUUGUCGGCCUGAUACCUGCGCCGGACCUCGAAUUUGCACUAGAUAAGCUCGACGAUGGCCCAGAAACGCUCUGUUUGAUGGCCACGGAUGUUCAAUGGAGAGGAGCAGUGGCUGAAGAGGAAGACGAGGAGGCUGAUCCCACCGAUUUCACUCCGUAUAUAGAUCCGGCUCCUGUUGCAUUGGACAUACGAUCACCCAUGGAUCUGGUGUACGAGUGCUUCGUCAAGCUUGGACUGCGAUACAUUUGCGUUUUGCGAAACGGAAAGUAUGCAGGCUUGGUUCACAAGAAAGCGUUUGUCAAGUACACUAGAGAAUUGGAGUCGUAAAGUAUGUGAAUAAGCGUUUCGAUUUCAUUCAUUGUAUUGGUAGUAUGCCAUUUGUGGCGAUGUUUUGAUCACUAACAACUGCUCCUUUGGAGCGACUUGAUGCGCUGAUUUUCUUCCAAGCAUAAAUUUUGUUGUGGGCCUCAUGGCAUUCUCUGGUAGCAUAGCGC